GCCGGGGCGGGGCGGCGCGGGGUCCUGGCGGCGGGGGCGGCGGCCGAGUCGCCAGUCCCGACAGGAGCGGGUCCGAGGCGCAGCCCGAGCCCGCCAUGGAGCAACCCAGGAAGGCGGUGGUGGUGACGGGAUUUGGCCCUUUUGGAGAACACACUGUGAACGCCAGCUGGAUUGCAGUCCAGGAGCUGGAGAAGCUCGGGCUUGGUGACAGCGUGGACCUGCAUGUGUAUGAGAUUCCGGUCGAGUACCAGACGGUCCAGAGGCUCAUCCCUGCCCUGUGGGAGAAGCACAGCCCACAGCUCGUGGUGCAUGUGGGGGUGUCGGGCAUGGCGACCACGGUCACGCUGGAGAAGUGCGGGCAUAACAAGGGCUACAAGGGGCUGGACAACUGUCGCUUCUGCCCCGGCUCCCAGUGCUGCGUGGAGGACGGCCCGGAAAGCAUUGACUCCAUCAUUGACAUGGACGCUGUCUGUAAGAGGGUCACUACGCUGGGCUUGGACGUGUCGGUGACCAUCUCACAAGAUGCCGGCAGGUACCUCUGUGACUUCACCUACUACACCUCGCUGUACCAGAGUCAUGGCCGCUCAGCCUUUGUUCACGUGCCUCCACUGGGCAAGCCCUACAACGCAGACCAGCUGGGCAGGGCGCUGCGGGCUAUCAUCGAGGAGAUGCUGGAUGUCCUGGAGCAGUCAGAUGGCAAAAUCAACUGUCGCCACAAACACUGAGAGCCUCUCGGGCCUCCCAAGACCUCGUCCCACUAGGGACCCCAGGAGGGACGUCCGCCCUCUGGGGGCCUGGCCAAGGAGGAUAAGCCUGUCAGCUGGGGAUCGGAUUUGGAUCAAUAUUCCAACGUACACACUUCCUCUCCCUUCUUCUCCACAAAAGGGCUGGUCGCUUUGAAGAAGGUGGCUGAAGAUUUUUUUUCUCGAUUUCCCUUUGCAUCUGGGGACACAGCCACAAUGGCUGGGAAGCUGGUGGGUCCUGAUCUCCACAGGGAAUCCUGGUCAAGUGGAUCUCUGCUCUUGAUCCCACAGCUGGGGCCACCUGCUCACCUGCUUUUCUAAGUCUCUGGUGAAGGGAUUCCAGUGUUCCCUCUGUCCAUGACUGGUUUUUCCCAAACUUAAAAACUCCUUGAAGAGUCUUUGCCCUGAUCCAUGUCCCAGCAGCUGGGACAGCCCUGGAAAGGGCUGCCUUGGGGUAUGGCAGAGGCUUUUUUCCCUUCUCUUUCUUAUUCUCUUUUUCAAAAACAAUAGUGCUAGUUUGGGCACAGAGGAAUUUAUAUUCCCUUUGGUUAAAACGCGGGCUUUCACCGACGACAAAGUGUCUUCUUUUUCCUGGGAUGUGGCCCCUUCUUGCCUCUUUCUCUGAAACUGGGACCCACAUCUUUGUGUCGGAGCUGACAUCGGGUUCCGUUUCCUCAGGGCGGGCAGGGCCCUUGGCCAGGCCCUGGGCGGGUGGGAGCUGCUGCCCCAGCUGGUUAAAAAGGUGGGCUGACCCUUUCGACACCAGAGCCGUGAGCUGUACCCGUGGGGACUCUGGAGCAGGGGUAGGAAAACAGCCCUUGUCAUUUUGACUUGCACGUGACUUUUUUUUUUUUUUUAAUAUGUAAAAAUCUGUAGCAGCUGCAAACCCACCCCACAUCUGGCCUGGAUUUUUGCAGUCUUGGUGCUGGGGACCAGCUUCUUGUUCUCCUUAAGUUGGGGGGGUGGUGCCCAGAAUGGGGCCCGGGGGCUGGAGUUUGCUGAUCUCCAUGUGUGCUGACGUGUUUGAGCAGGAGGUGCUGAAGCAGCCCGUGGGCUUUUGUGUAGAUGGUUCUGGAGACGGAGUAAAUUUUGAUCUCACACCCUGGCAACUUUGAACUUAGCGGCCACGGAGGAGAGUAACCUCACCCAGGAGGCCACUGAAUUCAGCUGGACCUUGAUACCCGCCAGAGGAAAAGAAUGACAGCAGCUGUGAAGCCAGCUGAGGCAAACACACAUUUUGGAAGUGUUCUCCUGCUUGGGGGAGAAGAUGGGGGUUUUAUCAUUUCCCUAAGUGUGAGGUGGACUGGAGUCUGAUGCCAGGUUGGAUCACGUCGGUGUUACCCAGCACGCAGUUCUUUCUAAAACAGAAGAGAUUUUUGUUUUGUUUCAUUUUCUCAAACAUUCCCCUUCUUUGCCUCUUGUUCUGCUGGCCAGGGGAGUUUCUCUUCUCUGCUGAGCUGCUGUGUCGCUUGAGAACCGGGUUGAUAGGUCUCUGAGUUAAAUGCAUUUUCUGGGUCCUGGGUUUUCUCCGGAGGGGAAAAUGGCUCCAGGUGGGUGACUCGGGGCCGGCACUUGGCAGUGGGCGUGGCCUGUGGCUGGCAGGUUCAACUGAUCGGGACUCUGCCCCUCUCUCCAUGUCAGCCUGCCUUCUGCCAGAAAUGCCCUGCUCACGUCCUCAGUCCGAGAUUGCCGUCUCCUGAGAAAUCUGCCGUGUGGGAUUCCAUAAGCAGAAAUUGUGACUCUUCUGAAUGUGGGGAACUCAAGCCUCGGGGGUCUCCCCAGAGGUCUUAUUGAGAACGUUAGGCUUCAUCUAGCUCUGAUCCCCAAAGGUCUGAUCUUCAGGGGUGUGAAGGAGGAAAUGAAUUCAGGCAAGAUGGGGAGGGAAAGGGGGAGGGGGACCUGGAGAUGAGCCAGGUCUGCACUUAGCUGGGUACCCACUGGAACCCGGACACACCAUCCCCAAACUCCACAUUUUCAUCUUUCCUUUGUCUUCAUUUUGCCUCUCUGUUUAAAGCACCAUGUGAUUCAGAGAUAUAGAGGUAUAACUUAUUGUCCGAUCAUUGUUGAGUGUAUGCAUGUCAUUUUUGUGUUCCUGCAAAGGUUUUGGAUUUUCUCAUCAAGUCAAGCCAGAAUCCUGUCCUUGUCCACGAUGCAGAGCAUUUUGCACGUUUUAUUCAAUCAGACAGCCAUUAAACAUUUCACCCACUUCGC